AUGGCCCGUAUCCACUCGAUCCUCGCGUCCGGCGUGGCGCUGUUGGCCGCGCUGCUGGCCCCGGCCGCCGACGCCGCCGACGACCAGGCGCUGCCCUGGGACGGCCGCUUCCAGGACCUGACGGUGGACACGCUGACCGACAAGUACCUGACGCACAUCCUGACCAUGCGCCAGAACGGCACCGUGAGCCCCGACCAGUGGGUCACCGUCACCCAGAAGGGCCGGUCGCCCGCCUUCAACGGCGACGCGGGCGUGGCCACGCUGGCCGUGGACUCGGAGGCCAUCUUCGGCGGCCAGACCAACUUCCGGCGCUCCGAGCUCGUGCAGGACGUGGCCGGCGACACGGCCGGCACCACCUUCUUCCGCGUGAGCCUCAUGAAGGAGGAGGCGUACGUGAACCUCUACUCGUGGCAGGUCGUCUUCCCGGAGUCGCACCUGUUCGAGAUCCGCAUCGACGCGUCCGUGGACCCCGUGCAGCUCGUCUGGUACACGGGCGGCAGCACCGAGACCCGCUGGUCCACCGAGUUCCAGACCGAGACGUGGUACAACUUCGGCAUCGCCGUGUCCUCGGGCGAGCUGGCGCUCUACUUCAGCGAGGGCGACGACGCGCUCGCGCUGACCAAGACGGAGACCUACAGCGGCUCCGUGCCCACCGACUACGAGUUCCACUUCGGCCAGCUCACGCUCUCCAACGACGGCAGCGCCGUCAAGAUGGUGGACGGCAAGCAGGACGUGCUGUCCUUCAACGGCGUCUCGGUCGAGAGCGGCAUCCCCAGCGGCCUCGGCUCCAGCACCGGCAGCUCCACGUCCAGCUCGACAACCACUUCAGCCCCUGCUGCGACAACGGUCGCGCCUUCCACCGAGACAACCGCUGCCAGCGAAGCCGAUGCGGCCAGUGAAGCGGCCGAUGAUGAGACUACGGAGGAGUCGGCCUCCACCACCGACGACAGCGCUGACGAGGACACCGCGACUGAGGCACCGGCAACGGAUGCUCCUACCACGGACGCCCCACUCACAGAAGCUCCAACGACGGAUGCACCGGCCACGGACGCGCCGACCAUCAGCACUUCUGGCUGCAAGGUUCGUCGUCGCGACUAG